UGACUUUCAAAUACUGUUUUUCUAAAAAAAAAUUAUUAUCAGUUCAAUUAUAUUUUUCAUAUACUCUCAUUUUCAGACAUUUAUUUCUCUCAGUCUUACAAUAUAAGUUUCAUUCUUUCGAUCGAUAAGUUUGUCCAGUCCUUCUCCACAGCUCACGCCAUGGAGUCUUCUUCUUCUUCUUCACUAAAAUGUUCUGCACUUGGGAAGCUUGUGUUGAGCUCUGGUCUCUUACACAGCUCAUGGAGUAAGAUCUCGGAGAUACAUAAAUCACCCUACUCGAAUCAAGAUUCAGGUCUUGGAAUCAAGAUUUACCGAGAAGAGAAAUUCACACUUGUGGUUUUUGUCGCACCACCGAUUUUCACAAGUAGCUCUGAUUCUACUCUUCUUCCUGGGAAAGAAAAUGAAAAUCCGUUUCCAUUCCUCUGCUCCGAGAUUAACCCAUCAUUCUCUCUUCACACACCUGCUUUAAACCUUUUUACCUCUGCUUAUAAAAGUCUCACCAACCUCCAAUCAGAGUUGCUUCAAACGCUUAAGUCUGAGAAACCGGUGAUCAUCACUGGAGCUUCGUUAGGAGGGUCCGUUGCAUCUCUCUAUACGCUAUGGCUUCUAGAUACCAUCGACCCGAAGUUAAAACGUCCCUUAUGCAUCACAUUUGGCUCGCCAUUGAUCGGAGACGUUUCUCUUCAAGAGAUUCUUGAGAAUUCUGUGAGGAAUUCAUGUUUCCUUCACGUGGUGGCAGCAGCACAAACUCGCUUCAAGUCGGAUUUCUUCAAACCUUUUGGAACGUUUUUGAUCUGUUUUGACUCCGGAUGUGUUUGCAUCGAGGACCCUGAGGCGGUCACAGAGUUGCUAAACGGUGUUCAUGAUUCGGAACAAGUAGACUACGGCCAAGUUCUACGUCGUCUGGACCAAUCCAUGUUGUCUAUAGCGGAUUCAACAUUCGUCCCUGAAGCUGUUAUCAAAGGAAUGGAGAAACGUGCGGAAAUGAAAGAUCUGCGCUUUGAUAUGUUUAAAAAAUUAAACGACAUGAAGAUAUCGAUGGCGUAUAUAGAGUGGUACAAAAAGGAAUGCAGGAAGGUCAAGAUCGGUUACUACGAUCGGUUCAAGACUCAACACGCGUUUCCGUCUUCGGAGUUCGAUAUAAAAAUCAAGAAUCACAAAUUAGAGCUAAACCGUUACUGGAGAUCAGUGGUUGAAGAAGUAGAGAAGAAGCCACAGAGCGAUAUAUCGAUUCUCAAGAGACGGUUUCUAUACUCUGGGAACAAUUACAGACGGAUGAUUGAACCGCUCGAUAUUGCUGAAUAUUACCUCGAGGGUGGGAAAGAGUAUCGAACCUCGGGAAGGUCUCGCCAAUAUGUUAUGCUCGAGAAAUGGUUUGGAAUGGAAUUGAUAGAAAAGGAAAGACGCCAAAACAGAGAUUUGAGUGAUCUUUUAACGUUUGAUUCUUGUUUUUGGGCUGAAGUUGAGGAUUCGAUGAUUGUAAUUAAUCAGCUGAAUACAACCGUGGGGAUGAGUGACGAUGCGAGAGAAGCACUGACCAGAAAACUCGUGAAGUUUAAGGAAUACGUGUGGGAGAUGAUCAGAAAACGUGAGGUUUCGCCGGAGAUUUUCUUAGAGAAAAGCAGUUUCAUGAAGUGGUGGAAAGAGUACAAAAAGAUCAAAGGCUCUAAUUCUCCACCUUCAUACUUCACCGAGUAUAUGAACACCGGGAAGUACGAGAGUUAUGGUAAGCCACAAUAAUGGAAAAGUUAGUAACUUAUCUACAUUUCAGGUUACUUAUGCGUGAUUGUUAUUGUUCAUUCGAUGAAACUUCUAACCAUUACGUACUAUAAGAAAGCAAAAGACAAAACUAGAAUUUAGUUGAUACGUACGUCAUUGUGAGAAUGUUAAAAGUGAAAUAAAAUAAAGUUAUUAAUGUGU